UUCUAUGAUGUCUUUCGUCACCUCAAAUCCAUUUAUGAUGAGUUAUAUUGCAAUGUCUAGCAUGAGGAGGAUAAAUGUCAUAAUCCAGCGCGGGGGAGGUUUGGAACGAGCGGUGCAUUUUGAUCUUAAAGAAUGUGGCGAAAGUGCUUUUUAUGCUUCCUUCCGUGCUCGUCAGGACGAGUCUUUGAGGCUUUGACAGGAGGAAACUGAUGGAUUCUAACGAUGAAACGAUACAAGGCUUUGUGUAUCUCUCUCCCGGAACCAGUGAUGGAUGAUGGCUCUCCUCCACUGCAAGGGGAUCCGCUGCUCAGCAAGGUCCCUGAAGCAAGCAUCCAGGGCCCCAAAGACAAGCUGCUAGCUCGUGGCAAGUGGGCUAGCAAAGCUGAGUUCCUGCUUGCAGUAGCCGGACAGAUUAUCGGUCUCGGCAAUGUUUGGAGGUUCCCUUACCUGUGCUACAAGAACGGAGGAGGCGCUUUCUUCGUUCCCUACCUGUUGUUCCUGGUGCUCUGUGGCAUUCCACUCUUCCUGCUGGAGACCUCACUGGGACAGUUCACAAGUCUUGGAGGUGUCAGUGCCUGGAGGAACAUCUGCCCUCUAUUUGGAGGGCUUGGAUACGCCAGUCAGGUCAUCAUCCUCCAUGGCUGUGUCUACUACAUCGUCAUCCUGGCCUGGGCAGUGCUGUAUCUGUGUCACAGCUUUCAGUCUGAGCUCCCCUGGUCGCACUGCAACAACACCUGGAACACAGAGUCUUGUUUCCAGUUCGACCAUCACAACUUGUCAGUCAACGUGAGCAGCCUUCCAGAGAAUUCCACCUCUUCGGUCAUGGAGUUUUGGGAACGAGAGGUGCUUCAUCUAGCAGAUAACGUUGAUACGCUGGGCCCAGUCAGUUGGAAGCUGGCCCUGUGUCUGGCUCUUGUUUGGGUGGUGUGUUACUUUUGCGUCUGGAAGGGCGUUAAGUCCACCGGAAAGGUUGUGUACCUGACUGCCACCUUCCCCUAUGUCAUGCUGUUUGUGCUGCUUGUCCGUGGAGCCACGCUGCCAGGAGCAGCCGAGGGUAUCGUCUACUACCUCAAACCCAACCACACACGGCUGGCUGACCCCCAUGUUUGGAUGGAUGCUGGCACCCAAGUCUUUUUUUCCUACGGCAUCUGCCUGGGGAGUCUGACUGCGCUGGGCAGUUACAACAAUUACAACAACAACUGCUACAAAGACUCAUUCCUGCUGUGCCUGUUGAACAGUUGCACUAGUUUCCUGGCAGGGUUUGCUAUCUUUUCGGUGUUGGGCUUCAUGGCCAAAGAGCAGCAAGUGGACAUCUCCACUGUGGCAGAAUCAGGUCCAGGUCUUGCCUUUAUUGCGUACCCCCGAGCAGUCGCCAUGAUGCCCUUUCCCCAGCUGUGGGCGGUUUGCUUCUUCCUGAUGAUCAUCAUGUUGGGUCUGGACACUCAGUUUGUGAGUCUUGAAGCCCUGAUGACCUCCGUGACCGACCUGUACCCCAACCUGAUCAGACGGGGCCACCGUCGUGAGCUGCUGCUGCUCUUCAUCUGCUUCACUUGCUUUCUGGUGGGACUGGUCAUGCUCACGCCAGGCGGCUUGUAUGUGUUCCAGGUGUACGACCACUUCUCCUGCAGCGGCGCCAGUCUGCUGCUGCUCUCCAUCUGCCAGUCAAUAGCGAUCGGCUGGAUAUAUGGAGCUGAACGGUUCUGUGCAAACAUCAGGGACAUGACGGGCCACAACCCUCUGCUGCUCUUCAGACUCUGCUGGAAAUACUUGACGCCGCUGGUGUGCACUGCCACCUUUGUGUUUUCCCUUCUGUUUUGGGCGCCUCUAAAAUUAGGAAAAGGUCUUGUCGCUCCGGCCUGGGCCACCGCGCUGGGCUGGAUCCUCACCUUCUCCUCUGUCUCUCUGCUGCCCAUCUGGGCCAUCUACGCUUAUCUCUCAACACCUGGAUCACCGAAGCAGCGCCUCCGAAGUCUGUGCAGCCCCACCAUUCUGCCCCCGCCGUACACAGAUGUGCCGCUCGAGAAGCUAUCAAAGACAGAGAAGGUCGACAUUAUCCAAGAUCGGACAACUUGAAAUCCCACCAUUGAAACUUGAGCUGCUGGGUGAACUUUUCCGUUUCAUCCUAUAUUGCAUCCCACGCUGUACAUGGGUCAUUUAUCACAAGUUUACAUUGUUAUGAUUGUGUCUGUGAAGGUUAUGUCAGGCGUACUUAAGAUCCUAGGUCGCCAGGGUUGGUAGCAGAUGAGCAGUUUACAAAUGCAGUCCCUUUUCUUUUUUAACUUUCUGAAACAAAGUUAUGUGAGUUAGACUGCUGGACAGUUGACAUGUUGUUUUCACCUCUAUCCUCCUCGACAGUUUGAUGUUAACGGUGUAGUCUAACUUGUAUUGUGUUAAAUACAGUCAGACCUUUUCUGAAGACGAGUGUUAUACAAAAGUUUUACUGCCUUUCUAUAUCUAAAUGCCUUACGGUGAUCAUAUCUGCUGUAGUCGGAGAAAUGUGAGAUUCAAUAUUUAAUACCUUACAGGCAUCAGUUUAAAAAGUGCUAAAUUAUUUGACAAAUAUAUCAAGUAUCAAAUUGUAAUCCGCUUUUUAGAUAUAUUUUGGAUUAAAAUUAGUUUCAAUGUUCUUUAAAUAUGUAGUAUGUGGUAAUUGAACAACAACAAUUUAAUUUAACAAUUUACAAUUGAUAGUUUACAAUUGAGUGAAGUACAUUUACUGAAAAAAAACCACCUUGGUUCCAAACAUUUGAAUUACUUAAAUCAAAUCUAUUACAGCUCAUAAGGAAGCCGAUGACAUCUGUUUACAUUUUCUAAAUCCACAUCCAUUGUUGUGUUUGUCUCCCUCAUCUUCUGUGUGUACAGUACUAUGGCUUCUGCAGUGCAGCCGGAGUGACUGACCACUGUCGUCUUUCUCUAUAGGGUUUACCUGUGUUUUAUAUGAAUGAAUUCACUCAUAGAGCAACCUCAUCUCCAAACCACACAUGCACAACAUUUUUAUAACAUUUUUAUUUCCAAUAAAGUCUGCCUUUGAGAUACUUGUGUAUCAAACAAAAGUGGUUUCAUAUUGUUGUGAAGAGGUGAGAACGGCAAGUCGGCCUCCUCCACCUUUGCUCAUAACAAACUGGGGGCUUUUCUACUCAGGGACACGUGUCAAACCCGAGGCUCUGGGACCAAAUCCAGCCCGCAAAGAAUCUGAUGUGGCCUUCAAGGGACAGAAACGACUGGAUCUGACACUAUUUUGUGAGGGAUGCAUGUGUUUGCAUUACUUUGUCGCCACCUGAAUCCAACAACUUUUGAAAACGUGUAUGAGAACUCAUGCUGCUGGUACCUCAUUAAACUGAACACCGGAGUUAUGCU